UAUUUUCUUUUUUUUUCUUGUGUUCAAUUUUCUCUGAUCGUUAGUUAAUUGUUUCUCUUUAAAUUUAUUUUCCUUUUUUACUAUAAUUUGAUUAUCAUGUCUUCUUGUAUUCAAAGACUUCCAGAGGAUGUGAUUCGUAAAAUCAAAGCCGGUGAAGUGAUUGUCCGACCUUUCAAUGCAGUUAAAGAGCUAAUUGAGAAUAGUUUGGAUGCUAAAUCAACUCAUAUCAUUGUGAAAAUUAAAGGAGGAGGAAGAGACACCAUCCAAGUUCAAGAUAAUGGAAUCGGUAUAUCGAAAGAUGAUCUGAUGAUAGCUUUCCAGAAACACACAACAUCCAAAUUGUCAACAUUUGAUGACAUCACCAAAUUGACAACCUAUGGAUUCCGAGGUGAAGCUUUAUCAUCUAUGGCCGAUGCAUCCCAAUUGACAAUAAUCUCAAGAGUAAAGAGUAGUGUCUGUGGUUACAAAGUUUGUAUAGUUGAAGGAAAUGUGGAAACAAAUGAACCAAUUGCAAUGGCAGCCAAUCCAGGAACCACUGUAACCAUUAAUCAGCUAUUCUUUAAUAUGCCAUUAAGGCGAAAGUCUCUUAAACCUCCAAAUGAAGAGUACAACGCAAUAGUUGAUCUAAUUUCUAAAUAUGCUGUUCAUUGUUCAAAUUUUGUUUCCUUUGUCCUUGAAAAAGAAGAAUCCAGAGUUUGUGAUGUACAAACAAUGAUCGAUUCUCAAACAAUUGACAAUAUUCGCCUUCUAUAUGGUAAAGAUAUCGCCGCCAAUGUUACCCCAAUCAUGGCCACUUCGUCUCGAGAUAUUUUCACUUGUACCGGUUUCAUAAGUCAAAUUAACCAUUCGCUGAAAAAGAUGAUCUUUAUCCUGUUCAUUAACGAUCGUUUGGUUGAUUGUGCUCCUCUUAAAAAGUCAAUUGAAGUAAUUUACUCAAAUUUUCUAAUCAAAGGAUCUCACCCGUUUGUUUAUCUCAGUUUAAAAUUGAGUCCAUCAAAUUUGGACGUAAAUGUACAUCCAAGUAAAAAUGAGGUUCGAUUCUUGUAUGAAGAGCAUAUUCUGGGCGAAAUCAAAGAUUCCAUUGAGAGUAAACUUUCCACCUCGACAACAACCCGAGUAAUUAAUACAACAUUUUCUCAACCCAAAUUAACCAUAACUCAACAAUCAACCAGCUCAUCAUCAAAUAAGCUAAAUACAACUAUUGGUAGUUUAACAUCAAGCCAAUCGACGCCCAAAGUUUAUCCAUCUCAAAAGGUUCGAACCGAUACCAGAAAUCAAACUCUCCAUGAAAUUUGGCAACGGAAUCAAUUAUGUUUACCAUCGGGAGAAAAUAUGAUCAGUCGAGAAAUUAAACUUGACAGUGUUAAAGAACUUAGGAAAGAAGUUAUCAAUCAAUGUGACACUGAACUUAAUCGAUUGCUAAGAGAAUCAUGUUUCGUUGGUGUAAUUUCGGGAAAUAUUAUCGCAAUUCAACACGAGACAAAAUUAUUUGUCACCGAUAUCGAGAAAUUAUCUUUUCAUCUUUUCUAUCAAAUUUAUCUUCAAGAUUUUGGUAACUUUGGUGUAUUGGAAUUAACUGAACCUGAAGAUAUUGGUAAAUUAUACGAAAUGUAUGAACCAAGUCGAACCAACGAAUCAACAAGUUCUGAUUAUGUUCUGGCCAAAUUGACCCGACGGCACGUACGAAAUAUGAUCGAUGAUUAUUUCAGUAUCGAAAUUAAACCUGAAGGGUUAAUCAAUACAUUACCUGUCUUACUUAAUGGUUAUCAUCCUAAUCCAUUGAAUUUACCAAGAUUUAUCAAUGAUUUGGUUCAUCAUGUUGAUUGGAAAUCUGAGCAACUUUGUUUCCAAACUUUUGGUUCUGCAUUAGCUAAACUCUAUCAAGCCUCUUACCUUGAUCAUGAAAAUCAUGAAGAUUGGGUUAAAACAGUUAAAUCAAUUCUUUAUCCUAAAAUCAAAUCAUAUCUUAAACCAUCAUCAGAAUUUGCUGAUUUAUUCACACUAAUCACAUCUACAAAUGAACUGUACAAAGUUUUCGAACGUUGUUAAAUCGAAUCGAAUAUUAAUCAAUCAAUUGAACAAGCAGAUCUCAUCGAAUCUCUUGUUGAAUUAAUCAUUACUGUUGAUACCCUUUAAAUACCAUUGAUUUAAUCUUGAUCAUCUUUAAAACUAAAUCUAUUUGUUAAUCAUAAUAAUUGUCCAGUAGAUGUUGAUGAAAGAGAGACAUUAAUAUAAAAAAGAUGGAGACUCUAAGGAAGCCAAAGAUGAAAAUGAUGAAUGAACCUUCAGAUGAUUUUGAUGACGAUUCCAUUAUUAAUUCCUUAGGACAUAUCAACGAUGUUAACUGGCGAUGAUUAAGAAACAAGGAGAUUGAAGAAGAUCAAGAAACUUUUUUUUUCGUUAAGUUUUUUUUCAGAGAUGAUCUUCUCUCUCUCUUUCUCUCUCUCUCUCUCUCUCUCAAGAGAGGCGAUGUGAUGAUGAGGAUGAGAAGCCCAAGUAAUCAAGGAGAAAAAAAGAAAGAAACUCAGAUAGUAAAAGAUGAGAAAAGGUAAAAAAGCCUUAAGGUGGAUUGAUUAUAAUGAUAGUCUUUCCUUGGGUUGGGGCGAAAGUCAAGGAAACAACAAUUAUGAUGAUUUGGUCUUUUGCCGAUGAUUGCUUAGAAUACAAAUUGAUUAUGUUGGUUAAUUCAUUUUCUUUCUUCGCCUGUUAUUAAUAAUCAUCAUAAAGGAGAAAAUGUUUAACAAGCAGAAAAGGAAAAACAAAAAGGAGAACCAAGAAAAUUGUUACCGAUUAAAAACCAUCGUAAAGGACAAUUAAUAAUCUACAAACAGGACAAGCAAAUAACAAGAGAUUGGGACGCAAACUGACUUGCAAAUUUCCAGUUAAUUAAUUACAUCAACUUCUUCCCCAUCUACAGCUUGGACAAGGAGGAGAAGCUGCUGUAAUCAACACUCACCACACACAUCAGAAUUUACGGUAAAUUUAUAACAACAUCACAUAGCCCAAAGGAAAAUUGCUCAAUCAAAAUGUUUGGAAAGUGGAAAAUAACAAUUUACUGUUAAUCAAUAAUCAUGCAUCAAAAAUGAAUUGUAAACGAAAGGAGGAGAACAAGGUGGAGAUUCAAUGAAAAGAAGGAGGAACAAUUUAAUAUAAAUCCAAACUGUGGAUAAUUAUUUGAUUAACUGGUCAAUUCAAUCAACAUCCGUACACACACAUACACACAUAGACAGACACAAACACAAUUAACUAAUACAAUUACCAAAGGAAAAUUAUUUUCAAUUGAAAUGUUUACAUUUUCGACUAGUUUGAUUACUUGACCACAUUCACAGGGAAAAUUAGAUUUGCAAUUUGAUACCAAUUCUGAUUUACGAUUGCUAUUGAUUAAUAUUAACACUGAUUCCAUUAUUUAUUCACCAGAACAAUUAUCUAAUUGAAAAGCCUUCAUAUUAACAAUAUAAACAACUUGAA